UCGAGAACUGCAAAGCAAAUUAACAAGAACCUCCCCCGUAUUUUGGCAUUUGACUGAGGACAGCGUCUCUUUAUUAUACAAAGAUCAGAAGUGAGGAUGUGACCGUUUCAGGGGGAAGUCAUGAUGUUGAUUUAUGAUUAUGGUGAAGUGUGAACACUUUCAGCAUACAAAGAGCCAUGAGCAUGUCCACUGGAGGAGUAGUGCCAGCUCCGCUCUGCCAGGGCUUUCUGAAGAAACGGAAAGACAGAAUGAGGCUUCGGUGGGUGACUUACUGGUUCAGACUUUACAAUAGAACUCUCUUUUUCUACACUAAAAAACAUGGGAGUGCUUUAGACCUCAGGGGCCAGUAUUACAUAUAUGAGGUUCAGUCUGUGCGGGAGGUCAGCAGAUCUGAGAGCAAUCGCUAUCUAUUUGAGAUCACAAUGAAAAAUGGGAAGAAGAAAAUGCUGGCAGCAGAUACAGCUGAUAUCAGGCAGGAGUGGAUGGACCAGCUGUGGAAAGCCAUGCUGCUCAAUGGCCCUGACAGAUCUGGAUCUAUCACCAAUGGGGAGCUGGUGCCAGAUAACAACCCUGAAAUUCGGUCUAGCCGGUGUGAAGAAUCAAAUACUGAGACCAGCAGCACUUCAGUGGACAGCAGAUGUCUCUCCAUUGAUCAAGAGUCAUUCCAGUCCUUCGCUGAUGCUGAUGAGACACAAGACAAUUUGCACACAGACAAUGAAAUUGAGCAAAGUACUGAGGAGUUUUUACUGACAGACUAUGACUAUGAUGUUUUACCAUCUCGAAAAGUUGCUGAAGAAGCCAUCUAUGACAGUCCCCCUUCUAAAUGGCCAACCAAUGAGGAAGAGCAUGGAGUGACUGAUAGCAUCUAUGAUUUCCCAAACCCUGUGAUUAGGAAAUUGACUGAACAUAAAGUUGAAUCUCACAGCAGUAGUGAGAGGCCUGAGAGUGGUGGUCUUCUGAGUGACAUGAUUGCCUGUUUGGACAGUGAAUCUGCUGCCUGGGUCAAACCUGCUCCUUUGUGAACCUCAUGGGUGACAAGUGAGCAAGACUGAGAUGUUGAUAAACGUUUGUUGUUGCAUAAAUUUCUUCAUGAUGAAUCCUUUUUUAUUCCAAACUGUGAUCGCUCAUUAAGAUCAGUGAUUAAAUGUUUAUUGUGGAGUUUAAUGCCUCUUAUUAUUUGUCAUAAUUCAAAAUAAACAUCACUUUAAUAAAGCAACAACCUUUUCAAUACAAUGUGUAAACCUCAAAGAGUAACCUCUUUUUUCAGUUCCUUAAUCAAUGGAUAAUUGCUAUUUCUUCUCAUUUUAUUCAGUUUUACUUUUACAAAACUAUGACUGUAUAGCAAUUAUUGUUUAAAAUCAUAAUAAUUUCCCCUAUACUUACUGUCCAAUGCCAAUGCAGCCCAAAGCACAAAUUCCAAAAAAAAAGGAAAAUUGGUUAGAUGUCAUUUUUUAAUUAAUCAUUUCUAAGGUUAACAAAUAAAAGUAAAAUAAAGGUAUUAAAUACAUUUUAAGUGUGAGAAUUUUUUUGAGAAAAUAAUUUUCCAUGGCUGAAGUAACCAAAAAAUUACAAUAUUAACAUUCGGUUAUUUAUUUCCUUUCUUUUUCUGUUACGAGGUAACAAACAACAUACAUACAAACAGGGUAUGUAUCACUCUGCCCAUGUAAAUCUCAGGCCAAAUUGGCAACCCUGCUUGCGAUAUGAGAAACAGUCUCAGCUUUCAAAUUUUGUAAGUUUUAACACUAAAUUCAAACAAUUGAUACCGUUCUGGCGCACUUAAUGUGGCGUAAAAUGUAGCGCUUCAGUUGAAGCCAGAGCCGUUGAAAAACAGAGUUGCCACAAGCUUUGAUCUCUCCGGCGUCGCCGCGCGGUCACUCUCCAAACAAACCAGCCUUAACAAUCCACAAGUUUCCUACGCCCCAUGAGGCCUUGCGUCAAAAGUGGGAGUGUCUUCCGGUUCUAAACAAGCGGGACUGUCGGAGUUUUUUCGCGUCUGGAGAGCGUCAGCACUGCGGAUCAUUUCAUAUAGUUACCAGCUAACAUAAACAUUAAAGACUUGUAAAAUAAUUUUAGCUCAAAACACACUUUCAGACUGCAGCAAGUGUUUGAAAUAACUUCUGUGUGAGAUCCGAUGUAGAUUAUCAACAAAACAGAAAUAUGCGAUGCAAAAAAAUGCACGCAUUACCAUGGUAAACAUAGUAAAUAGGACCGCCUGAAACAUCAGACAAGUGAUGUAUUUAUUUAUUUACAUAUUUUAUCUGUCAAUAAGUCUCCUCUCUUUAUACCUGAUGUUCAUAUAUAGUUCUGCAUAUGUCAUAAAUCAUUAACCUAAUUUUUGUUUGGGAGGUCCCUGUUUUUCUAACUGAAAAUUAAACAAUGUAUUGGCACUGGAGAGAGUGCUAAAGCUACUCAUGGCCGUAUUUUUAAUGGAAAAUGGAAAUUUUAAUUUUUUCUAAAUGUGAUGUAGACCUAAAAUGUCUGUGACUACAAAUAAACAGAAACGGACACGACUGAAUAAUAGGCUGUGUGUGUCUUUCUUUUGUAAAAUAACGGUAAAUAUAACGGUAAAUACCACUUUAUUUCUGUGUGACUAGUUAUCAAUCCUAAAGCGCUAUA